AUGUUAGACAUGGAGGAAAGAAACAAAACGGCCGUGUCUGUGUACAUCCUCGUGGGAUUUUCCAGCCUUAGAGAGCAACUGAAGAUAUUCCUCUUCCUGGUUCUUCUCCUCACCUACCUGAUCACAGUAAUGGGCAACGUGGUCAUCAUUUUCAUAGUGUGGGUGGAUCAUCGACUCCACUCUCCCAUGUACUUUUUCAUCGCCAAUUUGUCCUUCCUCGAAAUCUGGUUCACCUCGGUCACAAUUCCUAAGCUGAUGCUGAACUUUCUCUCAGUCAGCAAAACCAUUUCAUUCCACGGCUGCAUGGCUCAGUCUUUCUUCUAUUUUGCCUUAGGUGGUACAGAGUCAGCUCUCCUAGUGGUCAUGUCCUUUGAUCGCUAUGCUGCCAUCUGCCGCCCUUUGCAAUACACCACCAUCAUGAAUCAGAGACUCUGCAUCCAACUAGUGCUUGGCUCAUGGGUGGGAAGUUUCACAGUUAUAAGUUUACGGAUGGUCCUGAUUUUGAAGCUGAGAUUCUGUGGGCCAAAUGUGAUCAACCAUUUCUUUUGUGACAAGGAACCCGUUUUUCAACUCUCCUGCACUGACACCAGUGGGGUUAGAAGGGUGGAUUCCAUUUUGAUCUCAACCAUAGUGCUGAGCUCAUUAUGCCUAACGAUGUUGUCAUAUGUGAGCAUCUUAUUCUCUAUUCUCCGAAUCCCAACAGCCACAGGCAGACGGAAAGCUUUUGCUACCUGUAGUUCCCAUCUCACAUCUUUGGCAAUUGGGUAUGGAAGCUGCAUUGUUUUGUACGUCAGGCCUUCAGGAAGUGCCUCCUCAGAUAUCAACAAAGGGGUGGCUCUGCUGAACACCGUACUGUACCCUUUCCUCAACCCUUUUAUCUACAGCCUCAGAAACAAGACUGUCAAACUCGCCCUGAGAGAAGCCUUUAGGAUGGGUACUGCAAAGUUGUUCCCCAAUCAGUGA